AUGUCGAGCUUUUCCAGCGCCUUCUGGACGCCGGACUACGCUGCAGGUCUCGGUGUACUAUUCGGGAAGCUCCAGCAGGGUGUGCAAGAGAAUGAACAGAUCCUCACCGUUGCGCGCAUGCGCGCUGAGGCGGAAGACAUCUACGGUGCCCGAUUAGGAGACAUCGAGGCAGCCACAGGCAGGAUAGAUGGCGGCUUCCAGCGGGACGAUGGUGCCAGCGUGAAGAAGGCAUACGAAGGUGUGCGGAUAGAGAUGACUGAGGCCGCGCGCAACCACCGCAAGAUUGGCUCCAACAUCCGGGAACUAGUCGUCAACCCGUUCGCGCGCUGGUGCGAGCAGCAUGCAGCAAGAGUGCAGAACAGCCAGGAUGACUUGCAAGGGCGCAUCCGCAACCAUGACCGUCAGGCGGAAACCGUGCGGACGUACCGUAGUGCUUACUUCAACAAGUGCAGGCGAGUGGAAGACGUGGAUGAGGAGGAGAAGCUGGCUUUUCAGGAUCCAAGCUCCGCUUCCACUGGCUCGCCGAAGCAAGCACCGCCUCCACCGCAGAGUGUGCCUAGCAUCAAGGUCGACGGAGAGGAGGACGAGCCAGAGCCGAUCGAGCUCGGAGACCAAAUAUAUCAGCCAGAGCAGGUCAAGAAGAUGUUGACCCAUGCAUUGGAGAAUGUGAGGCUGGGUGAAGCGAAAGUGCCCAUUCUGGGAACGUACCAAAAUGUCACGUCCGGCGCUGAGAUUGUGGAAUAUAUCCAAAAGCACAUGGGCGGGUCAACGAUCUCCUACGCGGAGAAGAUCGGCCAAGACCUGAUUGACAAUGGCUUCUUGCGGCUGGUAGGCAACAUGGGCAGCACAUUCGCCAACAGUAGCAAGAUGAACUAUCAAUGGAGGACGAAGGUUUUCGAGUUGACAGGCAUCCCUGAGAAGCGACCAAAGCUCAUGGGAAGAGCGUCUACUAUUGCAUCGAACGCCUCCGGCUCUACGCCUCAGAGCCCGGUUGUCGGAGACCGUAUGUCGGAUCUGUGGUCCAGCGGCUGGAAUCCGCUCAACAACGCUCACCCGAACGAGACGUCAGCUGAAAAGCUACGACGAGAGGCAAAAGAGGCCGACGACCGGUACAAAGCUGCUGUGCGGAAGCUAGAUGGCCUGCGAUGCAAUCUCGAAGAAGCGAUCGUCCAGCAUCUGGACUUCAUGGAGCGCUGUGAGCUGGAUCGACUGAAGGCGAUCAAGAGUGUCGUACUGGACUUUUCUGGCGCCAUCGGCAACGUAAUCCCGAGUCUACAAAGCGGCGUGGACAACAUGAUGCUGUUCCAGGAGACGGUGCAGCCACUUGGAGAUCUGCGGUAUCUGCUCGAGAACUACCGAACCGGCAGCUACAUACCGAAGGUGGUAACAUACGAGAACUACUACAAUAAGGUGGAGGAGCAGACGUUUGGCGUCGACAUCGAAGCGAGAGCACGAGCGGAUAGGAAGCGUGUGCCGCAUAUCGUGACGACGAUCCUCAUGUUCCUCGACUCGCAUUAUCCAGACCUUGAAGGCGAUGAAGCACGGAGAAGCAUAUGGGUCACUCAUGUGCCUUUGGCUGGUACACAUUCGCUGCGCAACAACAUCAACACCGGCAAGCAGAUCCCGAUGGAAUUGCUGGAGAAGUACGAGAUACCGAUCGUCGCAUCCGUGCUGAAGCUGUACUUCCUCGAGCUGCCCGACAGCCUUGUGAGCUCGCACGUGUACGAGAUCGUCAAGACCAUUUACACAUCGACACAGUCUGGCUCUGAAGACGCGCGGAUACAGGUCAUCCAAUCAACUUUGGGCCAGCUGCGUCUGGCGAACAUCGCGACAUUGGAUGCUAUCAUCACCCAUUUCUCGCGGUUGAUCGAGCUUACCAGCGCUGAUGAGGCCUAUGUAACCCAGCUCGUGAACAAGCUGGCGCCGUGCAUUCUCAGGCCCAAGCAAGAGACAGGGCUCAGCAUGACGGAGAAGUACAAUGUCCGUCUUCUGCGGGACCUGCUCGCCCACAAAGACGCCAUCUUCGGAGAGUUGAAGCGUCAGUCGAGUCUCACGCACACCAACAGUGGUGCCACGAGACCAAACCGCGCCAUCAGCACCGACGAAUCGAAUCGAAAAGAGGCCAUGGAAGAGCGGCAGCGCGCCAUUCUUGCCGCACAGCAUGCUCAAGCGAUAACGGGUAGCAGUCGAAGCCGCCAGCCCAGCCCCGGACCAGGGGCGCGAGUCCCACUCGCGGAUGGCACGCACCACCGCAGAGACCGCAGUCGCGGCCCCGAGACACGCUUCCCAGUCUCCACUGCUGCGGCGCCGGCUUCCAUGCAAUCGCCAACCGAACGUCGCGUUGCCUCACCUACCUCCUCCAGUUCUUCUAAUCACCGCGACAGCUUGACCGUGCCACAAUCCCCGCCAGUAUCGCGUACACAGCCCGCAUCCAACACAACAACCUCGCCACCAAAGUCCCAAGAGCCAGCCCGAACCAAUGGCAUCCACCAACCCCCGCCCGCCGAUGACAGUCCCUCUGAAACAACGAGCUCCCACCGCGACCGCAGCGGCACCGACACAUCCCUCAUCAACAAGCGCCUCUCCCUCCAACCAACCAUGUCCGCCUCCCUCUCCGGCCCAGGCGACUACUCGCCCACACACUACUACAACAACUCGGUCGACUCGCCCACAACCACUCAAUCCCCCACUUCCACGAUCGCGAGCGGGGACGUACAGAAGAAGGACUCCCUCAGCCGCAGCAAGAACACGUAUAUGCGGAAAGGGCAGCCGGCGACGGGGCUGCAGAGGCAGAGUUUGACGAGCGAGAAGGCUGGGGGUGGUGCGGAGGCGGAGAAGGGCGUGCAGCUGGAGGAUCGGCCGGUGGACUUUGAUUAG